AUGAAUCAUGCCAAUGUGCUUUUGAAAAGGUCAAAUAUUUGUUGUGCACUUACCCUGUAUUUAUGGCACCUGCCUUUCCCGUUAGCUGUCGAUGCCAGUGAUUUUGGUGCUGGUGCUAUUCUAUUACAAUCUGACGACAAAGAAAGUGGAAGGCAACGUAUUAUUAUUCACAUCCAAGAUGUCAAUGACGAACUACCUUAUUUCAUCAAUCGUCCAUUACCAAUGCAAACAGUUGUCCAACUUAAUGCUGUACCUGGCACACCAGUCUUUAAACUUCAGGCUAGAGAUCCAGACACGGAUCACAAUAUUCAUUAUGUGUUGGUCCGAGACAGAACUGGAGGUCGGUUUGAAGUGGAUGAACGAUCUGGAGAGGUGAGAACCAGAGGAAAAGAGCCAUUCAUGUUGGACAAAGAAUAUGUCUUAUAUGUUAAGGCAGAAGAUCGCAACGGGAAACUCGGUCAAUAUAACUACCAAUCUACACCUGAGAUGAGACUGUCCAUUAUGGGAGGAAAAAGGGCUCCACAAUUCUACAUGGAAAAAUACAAGACGAGUAUUCCAGAGAGCCAAAAGAAAGAUUCCGACAUUAUUGAAGUCAAGGCUAAGUCGUUCGCAGAUCGACAGAUUCGCUAUACUUUACGUGCCAUAGGGUCAGGAGCUGGAACUUUCAACAUAGACCCAUCUGUUGGGAUUGUCAAAUUAGCCAAGGAUCUUGACUACGAAGAUCUUCGACAACCCAAGACUUAUUCUUUGGUAGUAACAGCAACAGAAGACUCAGGAGGCUUCUCAACGUCUGUCGACUUAACAAUUACAGUGAAUGAUGUAAACGACAAUUCUCCUCGUUUUGAACUUCCUGAUUACCAGGCUCAUAAUGUAGACGAAGAUGUUCCAUACGGAACGUCUAUUUUACGAGUUUCUGCAUCAGACUUAGAUUCAGGUAAAAACGCUGAAAUAACAUACAUUGUCCAGAGUAAAGACUUCACAAUUGACGAUAGAGGAAUCAUCUAUUCAAAUAAAAGAUUGGAUGCCGAUAUAAACAACACAUACGUGUUAACUGUUGAGGCCACUGACCGCGGAGACCCUCAGCUGACCGGAACAGCUACAGUCCGAAUUUAUACGGAAAACAAAAACGAUGAAUUUCCAAAAUUUAGUCAGGACGUCUACACACCUAAUGUUGACGAAAAUGCAGGACCUAAUACCCUAGUGACUACAGUAGUAGCCAGUGAUAAGGAUGGCGAUAAUAUACAUUUUGGAUAUGUAGGAGGAGGGACCGUCUCGGGCAUGUUCCAAAUCGAAGAAAGGACGGGCGUAAUUCGAUUGAUUAAUGGAAAGAUCAAGUUAGAUAAGGAUAAGUAUGAAUUGAACGUUACUGCUACUGAUGAUGGUUCCUGUUGCAAGGAUGGCAGAUUAACACCACAUACAAGUACAGCUUUAGUUGUAGUGUUUAUUACUGACGUAAAUGACAACAAGCCUGAGUUUGAGGAUUGUGACACCUACUCACCUACAGUGGAAGAAGGAGCGCCUAGUGGCACUACCGUUAUUACAGUUAAAGCUACGGACAAAGACAAAGGCCAUAAUGGAUUGAUCAGCUACAGCAUAGUCAAACAACCUAACCAGAAAGGAGCCAAGUUUGUUGUGGAUGAAAUCUCUGGCGUUCUAACAGCUAACAAGGUAUUUGACAGAGAAGGAGAAGAUGGGCGGUUUGUAAGUGUGACAGUAAAGGCUACGGAUAGAGGAAGCCCCCCUCUUGAGGGAGCGUGUUCUUUUAAGGUAGAGAUCACAGACAUCAAUGACAACCCGCCACUUUUUGAUCGACAAGAGUAUAAAGAGCAUGUGAAGCAGGAUACGCCAGUUGGGACUAACAUUCUCAGAGUGUCAGCUUCGGAUGAAGAUGCUGACGACAAUGGAGCUGUAGUGUACAACUUGUCAGCCCCUUAUGACCCGUCGGACUUUAGCUACUUCAAAAUUAACCCUGAAUCUGGCUGGGUCAUACUUCAGAAAGCACUAGACCGAAAACAUUACAACUUACAAGCUAUUGCUUUAGAUAAAGGAAAACCACAGCAUCAUGCUACAGUUGAGUUGACAAUAGAAGUUGUAAAUAGAGACAGCAACCCUCCAGUGUGGGACCAACCUGUCUAUGGACCCAUUGUAAUCAAAGAGAACUUAGGACGUGGAGAAGUGGUUACUUCUAUCAAAGCUAGAUCAGGCAUCCCGGACGAGCCAACCGUUUUUUACACCCUGAUGAGAGGAAGCAAUGAACAAACAAACAGCAAGGAUACGUUCUAUCUGACUCCUAGACAAGGAAGCAACAACGAGAUGUGGGCUGAUAUAAUGGUUAACAAUCCCUUAGACUACGAACGUCUACAGCAGUAUAAUUUGACAGUACGAGUUGAGAAUAAUGGACAUAACAUAUUAGCUGCGGAAUGUACGGUUUACGUCACGCUAGAAGACGUAAACGAUGAAAUUCCUUUAUUUAUUGAGACAGAACAGGAAACAGUACUAGAAGGCGUGCCUCCAAUGACCAAAGUGACCACUGUGACUGCUGUUGAUAAAGAUGGGACAUAUCCAAACAAUAAGGUAACCUAUAAAAUCGAAGAAGGAGACGAUAAAUUCUUCACUAUUGACAAGGAAUUAGGUAUAAUUUACACAAAGAUUGAGUUCGACAGAGAAAUUAAACAGGCUUACGCUAUUAAAGUAUCAGCUGAAGACGGAGCUCUUUCCGAUCGACCUCAUGAGAAAUUUGGUACUGCUAAACCAAAUAAAGUUCUACAAUGAGUUACUCUCGUCCAGCUUGAACUCCACUGAUACGCUGUAUUUUGCUCAACAAAUCUAUGAAAGUUACACUUACUGUCAGAUAAAACUUACGUUUUUUACGUCCUGGAUCAGGGAUAAACAUUAAUUACGUUACUUGAUGCUUAAGAGUAACAUGUUCGCUCGUUAAACUUGUUUUAUUUUUCACAAUAAUUAAAUCUUCUCGAUACAGCAGUGAUUAAUUUUCAACUGUUGCCAGACUUUGUUUAAUGGUUGGAACGUGCUUAAGCCUACUACUUCAAUAUUUCCAGUGAAUGCAGU